UCUGUUCCCGCGGGCUGCCUAGCGACAGCUCCCAAGUCUCGCGACAGCGGCGCAGAUCUCCUCUGCACAUUUUGAACUGCGUAGCGUCGGGGGCAUCUUGCGUCGAUGUGCGACCAGCAAACCCUCAACAUGGCAGACGUUCCAGCCCUUGACGAGGAGCCGAAGCAAGACGAGUCCACCGCGUCCGUCCCGUCCGAAACCGACGAGACGUCCCAGGAAGAGACUCCCAACGGGGUGAAGACGGAUGGGGAAGAAACUAAGGCCCCCAAAGAAAACCAGGAUGGUAAAGAGAAGUCUUCUGGGAGCAGAAGAGGAAACCGCUAUCAUCCCUACAAAGAAAAACAUAGUGGUGGAGAAAAGAAGGGUACUCAUAGGAACCGGGUGUUCAUCAGCAAUAUCCCCUAUGAUAUGAAGUGGCAGGCAAUUAAAGAUCUAAUGCGUGAGAAAGUUGGUGAGGUUACAUACGUGGAGCUCUUUAAGGAUGCAGAAGGAAAGUCAAGGGGUUGUGGUGUGGUGGAGUUCAAAGAUGAGGAGUUUGUGAAGAAGGCGAUAUUAACUAUGAAUAAGCAUGACCUGAAUGGAAGGCCACUCAACAUCAAGGAGGACCCUGAUGGGGAACAUGCCCGGCGUGUGCUGCAACGCAUGGGAGGUCAACAGGGAAGUCGUGGACAGGACAUGGGGCCCGGUGGGAUGAAUGUCCCACCGUCCAUCGCCAACAACCCCAACAUCCCACCUGAGGUCAUCCAUGGGCUGCAGGCCGGGCGGCUGGGCACCACAGUGUUUGUGGCCAACCUGGAUUUCAAGGUGGGCUGGAAGAAGUUGAAGGAGGUGUUUUGCAUGGCAGGUGUAGUGAAACGAGCAGAUGUAAAGGAGGAUAAAGAUGGAAAGAGCCGCGGGAUGGGAACAGUGACUUUUGAGCAAUCACUGGAGGCAGUGCAGGCCAUAUCCAUGUUCAAUGGACAGAUGCUUUUUGAUAGACAGAUGCACGUCAAAAUGGAUGAAAAAUCUCUCCCCCCUGAUGAUUUCUGUCAAGUCGAAAAAUCACCUCAAUUACCAAGGGGUCUAGGUGGUAUUGGCAUGGGACUGGGGCCAGGUGGGCAGCCAAUAAAUGCCACCCGCAUGAGUGGCAGAGAAGGCAUGGGCUCCAUGGGGCCUGGAGGUAUGGACACUUCAGGUUAUGGGGGGAUGAACAGAAUCGGAGGAGGAAUGAGUGGUGGCGGGGGCUUUGGGGGCAUGGAUAAUAUGGGCAACAUGGGCGGCUUUGGAGCGAGAGACAUGGCUCCAGUUGGCAGGAUGGGAGAUAUGUACCGAUCUGGGAUGGGUGGAAUGGAUCGAGACUUCAGCCACAGUGACAUGCCAGUGAAUCGAGGGUUUGGGGAUUCUUUUGGAGGAAUGGGUGGAGGUUUUGGAGGAGGCAUGGGCAGUGGUGGCAUGGGACACAUGGGAACUGGAUUAGGUGGUGGAAUGGGCAACAUGUCAAUGGACCGUAUGGGCUCUGGCUUUGACCGUAUGGGCAUGUCAGGAAUGGACAUGAACCGUGGCUUUGGUGGCUAUGGAGGCGGGGGGCCGAGCCACAUGGGCGGAGGGGGCAUGUCUGACAGAGGCUCUGGGUCCAAAGCAGGCUGUCAGAUCUUUGUGCGAAAUCUGUCCUAUGAUCUUACAUGGCAAAAGCUGAAAGAGAAGUUCAGUCACUGUGGCCAGGUGAUGUUCGCUGAGAUCAAGAUGGAGAACGGGAAGUCAAAGGGCUGUGGAACGGUGAGAUUCGACUCGGCAGAGAGCGCCGACAAGGCCUGCAGAAUGAUGAAUGGAACCAAGAUCAAUGGCCGAGAGGUUGAUGUGCGUAUCGAUCGCAACGCCUAGAGCUUUUGUAGAAGUCAUUCUAACACACUUCCACAUUCAGCCCUUUCGCCAAUGAGCUUUUGUUUUGUUUUAAAAACACAAUUACUUCAUAUCUCCAGCUGUCCACUGUUUCAAAUGUUUUUUUUUUUGUUUAUAUAUACACUAUAGCAGUUUUGUUUUGUAAACCCUUUUUAAUUUGUCAGGCAGUUUGUUUGAA